AUGAGCAUAACAAGUACCAUUACUGGCGCAGGAACGAAAGGACGACCGAUCGUCUUCUUCGACAUCUCAAUAGGAGACACCCCGGUGGGACGCAUCAAGUUUGAGUUGUACAACGAUGUGGUUCCCAAGUACGUGCCUGAAGUGUAUCCUCACAAUAGAACAGCGGAAAAUUUCAGACAGCUGUGCACGGGCGAAUGUCGUUUUUUAUCACUACUCAACCUGCUGGAUUCCUAG